AUGGCGUCUGGAGCCAAGAGUAAUCCCCAAUUGCGCAGAGCUGUGUGCUAUUCGAAUGGUGACAAGAAGCAGACAUCAGGCGGAACGACGACGUCCCCAUCUGUAAUAGUGAUAGGUGGUGGUAUGGCCGGGGUUUCAGCUGCACGUGCUCUUCACGAUGCCUCAAUUCAGGUUAUGCUGUUGGAGUCUCGAGACAGACUGGGUGGUCGAGUUUACACCGAUUACUCAUUUGGUUUCCCUAUUGACUUGGGUGCAUCAUGGUUGCACGGAGUGUGCAAAGAGAAUCCGUUGGCACCAUUGAUUGGGAGAUUGGGGUUACCCUUAUACCGCACGAGUGGGGAUAACUCUGUCUUAUAUGACCAUGACUUGGAGAGCUAUGCACUUUUUGAUAUGGAUGGGAAGCAAGUUCCUCAAGAUUUGGUCACCAAAGUUGGUGAAGUGUUUGAGAACCUUUUGAAAGAGGCAAAUAAGGUAAGAGAGGAAUUUAGUGAAGACAUGUCCAUCACUCGUGCCUUUUCAAUUGUUUUUGAAAGGAACCCGGAAUUAAGGUUGGAAGGAGUUGCACAUAAGGUUCUGCAGUGGUACUUGUGCAGAAUGGAAGGUUGGUUUGCAGCAGAUGCUGAUACAAUUUCACUUAAAUGCUGGGAUCAGGAAGAACUGCUCCCUGGUGGUCAUGGCCUUAUGGUCAGGGGCUACCUCCCUGUUAUAAACACACUUGCCAAAGGUCUUGACAUCCGUUUGGGCCACAGGGUCACAAAUAUAGCAAGGCAAUAUAAUGGGGUUCAUGUAACAAUAGAAGAUGGGAGUACAUUUGUUGCAGAUGCUGCUGUUGUAGCUGUUCCUCUUGGUGUGCUUAAGGCAAAGAGCAUAUCGUUUGAGCCAAAGCUACCCAACUGGAAGGAAGAAGCCAUUGAUGACCUCGGAGUGGGAAUUGAGAAUAAAAUAGUGUUGCACUUCGAAAAGGUGUUUUGGCCAAAUGUGGAGUUUUUGGGAGUGGUUGCUGAAACAUCUUAUUGCUGCAGCUACUUUCUAAAUCUUCACAAGGCAACUGGUCAUUCUGUACUUGUUUAUAUGCCUGCAGGGCAGCUGGCUAAAGACAUAGAGAAAAUGUCUGAUGAAGAGGCUGCUAACUUUGCUUUUAUGCAACUCAAGAAGAUCCUUCCAGAUGCUUCUUCCCCGAUUCAGUAUCUUGUUUCUCGUUGGGGCAGUGAUGUUAACACGCUUGGGUCCUAUAGCUAUGACAUGGUUGGAAAACCCCAUGAUUUGUACGAGAAGCUAAGGGUCCCAGUGGAUAACCUAUUUUUUGCCGGGGAGGCAACAAGUGCGGACUUCCCAGGCUCUGUGCAUGGUGCGUUCUCUACUGGAGUGAUGGCUGCUGAAGACUGCAGGAUGCGUGUUCUGGAGCGAUAUGGGGAGUUGGAUUUAUUCGAGCCGGUCAUGGGCGAGGAGGCCAUGUCCAUCCCGCUUUUGAUCUCCCGCUUAUAA